UUACAGGGUUUUGAGGUUGUUGUGUAUGAGAUUGGGUUGGUAAGAAACACUGACUGCUCACCCAACCAGAUUGAAAGUUAAAAAAAAACACCUAUUUGUGUGAUUCUUUCAUUUUGGUCAGCUCCCAAAUAUUGCAUAUAUAUGGGUUUUUUUUGGGAUUUUGUUUUUCUGGUGAGCAGUUAGUUAGCAGUUGGAGGCUUUUGUGUAAAGAAUAGUUUUUAUUUUAUUUAAUUUAAUUUAUUUAUAUAAAGAGGGAUGGGAUUUUGGCCAUUUUGGCACUGAAGGAAUCUUCUUUAUGGAUCGCCGGAGUUGGCCGUGGCGGCGGAAGACUUCCGACAAAAUUUCCGGCCGGGAAACCGUCGGCAGCUCGCCGGAACAACAUCAGAUACAAUUGAAUCAUAACACACAAUGUUCGGAACCUAUUUGGAAUGUAGCCACGAGCGGCGACGGGCAAGUACUCAACAAUACGGUCGAGACUCUCUCGGUAAAGCUAUCCGACGCCCUUAUUAAUAUUCGAGCCAAGGACGACCUAGUAAGGAAACACGCCAAAGUUGCCGAGGAAGCCGUCUCCGGAUGGGAAAGAGCGGAGAACGAAGUUGUAUCUUUGAAGAAGCAAAACAACGCGUUGGCUCAAAAAACCUCGGCUCUCGAGGAGCACAUCGGCCAUCUCGAUGGAGCGCUUAAGGAGUGCUUGAGACAGCUCCGGCGAGCAAGGGAGGAACAAGAGGAGAAGAUCUGCGACGCGAUUGUGAGAGAAACAAGCAAAUGGGAAUCCACAAAAUCCGAAUUCGAAAGCCAGCUCGCCGAGCUUCGAGCUCGGCUUCAAGACACCAAAACCGAAGCGGAUAAUGCGCUCUCUAGGGUCAAGGCUGCCGAGGACGAGAACUCGGCGCUAAAGUCAAAACUACACUCGAAAACCAAAGAGCUCGAGCCAAUGAUUUUGUCUACGAGUCGUGAUACUAGAAAUUUUUCGAGAAGCUCAAUUAGUCCUCCGGUCGGGAUUGAUCUAAUGGAUGAUUUCCUCGAGAUGGAGAGACUCGCGGCCCUACCCGAUGGCGAGACUACUUCUCAGAAUGAAAUGGAUGCAUUGACGAACAUUGUGGCCGAGCUCGAAGAGGAUUUGAAGAAAAUAAAAUUUGAGAACAAAAAUUUGGAGUCUGCUUUGAAUGAGUCCCGAAUCGAGUUGAAGCAAAUGGAGGCUAAGGCGAUUGAAAUGAAAAAAGAAUUGGAUUUAGCUAAUGAGGCAAAGAGAAAUUCUCGGGAAGAGGCCGAGUAUAUGAGUGUCGAGCUUACGAGUAUAAAAGAUAGUUUGGAUGAAGCAAACAAUGCGAAGAUCAAACUAGAGAAGGAACUUGUGGAUACUAAAUCGAAAAAAGAACAAGCCGAGGCGAAGAUUGUAGAAAUGGGAUCCGAGUUAGAAACAUUGCGGUCGAGCAUUACUAACUUAGAAAAAGAGCUCGAGAUGGAGAGGUAUUUUUCGAAGGAAGCUAUCGCAAAGGGCGAACAAUUGGAAGCCGAGAUGUCGAGGAUGAAACUUGAUUCUCAUCACACAAGAUUCGCGAGUUUUGACGAGGAUCAAGAAUUGGCAGCAACCGCUAGUCAAUUUGCCGAGUGCCAAAAGACGAUUGCUUCUCUUAGUCGUCAAUUGAAAUCUCUCGCGACAUAUGAAGACUUCUUGAUCGAUCCUGACAGAUCGAUAUCCGUACUUUAGCCCGCGAUCUUCCAAAAUGCAUGUAUAUAUGUAUAUAUAUAUAUAUAUGAAAUUCCAUGAAGGUUAAUUUUACUCAUUCAUAACUUAAGAAAUGGUGUGAUUGUAACGUUUAUUUCGAAAAAAUAAAAAAUUUAUUUGAUUGUAUUAUCAAAAUUUUUGUUGAAAUCAA